AUAUCAAGGCCCAUCAAACUUAUCAAAAAAGACAAAAAAUAAAAGUAUGAAGAAGUACAUUCGCAAUAAAUUAUGAGGUUAAAAAACUAGAGAAACAUUUAAAAAGCUAUUCACUCAAUCUCUGGUAAAAAAAAAUGUUUUUAAACCCUAAAAUGCAUGAUGAUGAAGAUGAUGAAGAAAUUCAAAUGAAACCGAACAGGCUGUAAAUUACUGGGAAGCAUCUUUUAACUACAGGUGUAAGGCAACGAUAGGGAAAUCAUCAUCAUUCGGAAAAUAUGUCGAUAAGUAGUCAAAUUAUGCGAAAUUCGAAAUCCGACAAAUAUAAGGAGAACUUGUCGAGUUUUUCUGGUUCAAAGCAACGUGUGAGGAAACUUAGUUUGUCUGAGUUGAACGGCAAUCAAGACAAGAAAAGGAAUAAACGCAACUCGAUUUCGCCGAGAAAGGAAUCCGAGGGAGUUGCUACGAAGGAAAAGAAAAUGACCGGUCGUCUUUUCAAGUCUCGUUUGGAGAAAGUGUGCGUUAAACGAAAAGUACCAGAUAUUGACGCUGAGCUGGAAGGAUUGGAUAAACUGUCGCACGCUUGCGUUGGUAAUGUUGAUUCGCCCGAUAAAGUUGCGAAGUUGGAUAGCGGUAGCCGUAGUACAAAGAAACGCAUGAGGGUUCUGUCCUUGAAUGGAUUGCCUUGUAAAUCAGAUACCGAGAAUGCUGACGUGGCAAAGAAACGUAAAAUGGCAGUGAUCGAAAAUGUGGAGCCAGCCUCGGUUGUUGACUCAGAGAGAGAUCACAAAAACGAAGAAGAAAUUGUCAAAGAUGCAUUUAUAGUUAAUGAACCGAGUUUGCUGUUGUCAUCUGUUAAGAUGAAAAUCAAAGAAAAUUCGACUAAUAAAGAACGAAACGAAGGGCAGGUCGCUUUACAGAAGAAACAAGCGGCGAAGGAUAAAAUUUACGAGAAUGGAAAAGAUAAAAAAAUUUAUAAAAUCCAGAAAAAAUGCAAAAAGCGAAUGAAGAAACUAAUGCGUAAACAAUACGAGGAAAUUCAGGAGUUUAAUCGAGUUUGGGAGGAUAAGAAAUCGAAACUGGAGAUAGAUCACAAAUUGGAAUCGGCUGUUAUUCGGUCUAUAUUCAGUGAAGGCAUGGCAAGAUCGGGCAAACUGAAGGUGUUGGACGAUAAAUUCGCAAAGAAAAUGGAAGAGAACAAUCUAUUGAAAGAAGCAGGGCUUAAAAAUCUCGAGGCGGAGCAAUUAUCCGCUGUGUAUGCGGAGAAACAAAAGGCCUCUCAUUGGCUGGAUCAAGUGACCGCAUUCUCCUCUAGCGAACUAAGGGCCAUUGAUCGAGCGCCAGCUGGAACAAGUAAAACCGUUUGUAGAGAAGUUUCGGAUUAUGUUAAUCCUUUGGAGUUGAGUAAUGCUUCUGAUGGAAGGUACGAUGAAGAUGACACAAUUGGUUUAUGUUUUGAUGGACAAAUAGUGGAAUCUUCGGAGCAAACAAAAGAUUCCCCAGACGUGCGAAAUGAGGCGGACAAAGAUUCCUCGGGGGUGGUCGGAACUGUUUGUGAUGAAAUUGUUGACUUUGUUGACCCUUUGGAAUUGAAUGAUGCUUCGAAUAAAGAGCGUGAUAAAGUCGAAACUAUUUGUGAUGAAAUUGUUGACUGUGUUGACCCUUUGGAAUUGAAUGAUGCUUCGAACAAAGGGUUCGACGAAGGAGAUACGAUUGAUUCGGCUGAUGUUUUACCUUUGGAGCAAACUGAAGAUGAACCGCAAGACCAAGGGGCAAAUGUGGCAGAACAGGAAAAUGGUCUGCAGUACAACACUGCAUCUUCGACGCACAUGGACACUUGUACAAUUUUGCUGUCUGAAACCGAACUGGAAAACCGAGAUGCUCAUGAUCUAGAAAGUCAAACUACUUCACAUAACGAAGUUGCACCCCUUGACUUAAUCGACACUGUAACAACCCCUGAGGACCGAGAUGCACCAGUUUUAGAAGAAGAUCAAGCCACUCUGCGGGACGAAAUUACAAAUCCGCCACUAGUCGACACUGAGGGUGCAGUGAAUGAACUACAAGACCUAGGAGCAAAUGUGGUAGAAAAGCAAAAUGAUCUGCAGUACGAAGUUGCUACUUCAGAAACCAUCGACACUUCUACAGUUAUGCAGUCCAAUACCGAACUUCAAGAAAGAGAUGCUCCAGCGGCAGAAAGUCAAAGUACUUCACAGAUUGAAGCUGCACCGUUGGAUCUCAUCAACACUGUAAAUCCUGAGCCGUCCAUCAUUCUAGAUGAAGAUCAAGAAACUCUCCAUAAUGAAGCUACAAAUUCGACACUAGUCGAACCUGUAAUACGUCUGCAGUUCAAUGUUGUUGCGCAAGUGAAUGAAGUGGUCCCACACGAAUCUGCUUCUCGGCCAAUAGAAAAGGUUGAAAUUCGGACCGAUCAUGAUGAAGCAGGAUCUUUAAGUACAGUGUCACACGAAGCCAGUAUUGAACCGCACACCCCUCAUUGUUUUCUAUUGGAAUGUACAGUAACAGAAAGUCAAAGUACUUCGCAGAUUGAAUCUGCACCGUUGGAUCAAAUUGUAGAAGAUCAAGAAACUCUGCACAAUGAAGCUGCAAAUUUGGCACUAGUCGAAACCGUGAUCCCUUUGCCGUCAAAUGUUGAUGCACAAAUGGUCUUACACGAAUCAGCUUCUCGACCAAUAGAAUGCUUUGAAAAUCCGGCCCAUCACUUUGAAGAAGGAUCUUUAAGUACAGUUUCACACGAAGCAAGUAUCGAGGCGCCUCCCUCUUUGCACGAAAAUAUAGCUACAUCCACAUUUGACAUUCUAAAUCGAGAAUUCGGAAUAGAUGUGAGUCAUCUUUACAGAUCGAACUUCCUUUUUGAUCAUCCUGGUCAGGAAAUCGCUUCUUUGAAUUCUUCAUCCCUAAUUCCGAACUCACUCGAUAAUGAAUUGGAAAAGAUUCGUAAAGAAAACGAACAGUUGGAAAAUAGCCACAAAGAGAUGACGUUGCAGAUGAAAUCUGACUGUCAGAACGAGAUAAAAGAAACUAUUGCGCAAAUACUUAAAAAAUACGAGGUGAAGCAUCAAAAUUCUGUAUCAGAAUUUAGGUCGAAAAAGAACGAACUCGAGAAGAAUCACAAAAUGGUUCUCAUGAACAAGAGAUUGGCCGAAGCUUUCCGUACUAAUUGCUUGGAUUUCUCGUGUUUUGACCACCGAGGGAUAAUUCAUCAAGGUGUUCCAUACAGUUACAUGCAGUACCAUCAAGUUAGUCCUCCCACCGGAGUUUCUCCUAACAUGCAGAUUCAAAGUCAAACUGUACAACCGAUGCAACAUUCGUCACCGCCACAUUCUAGCGUGCAGAUUCAAGGUCAAACUGUACAACAGAUGCAGCAUUCGUCACUGCCACAUUCUAGCGUGCAGCUUCCUAGUCAAACUGUACAACCGAUGCAGCAUUCGUCACCGACACAUUCUAGCAUGCAGCUUCCUAGUCAAACUGUACAACCGAUGCAGCAUUCGUCACCGCGACAUUCUAGCAUGCAGAUUCAAGGUCAAACUGUACAACCGAUGCAGCAUUCGUCACUACCACGUUCUACCAUGCAGAUUCCUAGUCAAAAUGUACAACCGAUGCAGCAUUCGUCACCGCCACAUUUUAGCAUGCAAAUUCCAAGUCAAACUGUACAACCGAUGCAGCAUUCGUCACUGCCACAUUCUAGCAUGCAGCUUCCUAGUCAAACUGUACAACCGAUGCAGCAUUCGUCACAACGACAUUCUAGCAUGCAGAUUCCAAGUCAAACUGUACAACCGGUGCAGCAUUCGUCACUGCCACGUUCUAGCAUGCAGAUUCCAAGUCAAACUUUAGAACUGAUGCAGCAUUCGUCGAUGCAGCAUUCGUCACUGCAACAUUCUAGCAUGCAAAGUCAAAUUGUAAAACCAAUGCAGCAUUCGUCACUGCCACAUUCUACUCAGAAUAUUGCACCUCAUCAUCAGUUCACUUUUCGAUCUGCUGUGGCGGCGGCGGCCCCACCACAGGUUCCUCUUCCCACUUUGCCGGAUCGAACCUUGAAUUACCCUCCGCAACAGCACCUACCUACACCACACGCACCCUCGACCUCUCGGUAUAUGGCUCCACAUCUGCGUGUGCCACACCCUCAGUGGAAUCAAUUUGUAGCGGCGCCAGAUCAGCGUACACGUGUAGCAGGUAAUCGUUUCUUCUCGUGUAUGGGUAAUGUACAGGGUAAUCGAGCAGUAGAUGCUGUUUGCUUAUCUGACGAUGACUAAUUUAAUUAACGAAUCUUUUAGGAUUACACUGAUAAUUUUUUGUGAUGCUUACUGUGAAUGAGAAAAAAGAUUAGAGAUAGAUCUCAGUGUUCUUAGAUGCAAAUAUAAUUUUAUGGCAUUAUUUUGUUUA